GUGCGUUGAUCGCGUGUUUGCGGAGUCUACAGCUCUACCAACCCUUCCCAAUCGUCUACUCAUUAUUCUCUUCAGUCAUACGACGCCCACUACCUCGCAGGACGUUUGAAAGCUUCCUUUUCAGUUGGAUUUUCAUUACUGCAUUAUUCAUGGCUCCUGGGUGUUGCGGCAUAUUGCGGCGCCUACUGCAGCGCCCUCAUCGAUCUCUGAACAGCGGCGUGGUUACUCCACAAACGGGUAUCGUUUCCACUGGCGACACUCAAACAGGUGGUCAUGCUCUUGCACCAACCGUGGCUGUUCCUGCGCCUACCAGAACUACCUAUCCGAAUUCUCCUGUAGCCACUGUGGGAUUUCCUGCCCUAACGGAUGUUACUUCCCGUGCACAUUCUCCCCAGGGCAGUGCGGAUGAUGCUGUCCCUCCAUCAACUGCAGGGACACCCAAGGCCUUUACUUAUCGCAUGGAUCCCACUGAAGCUAGAAGCCAUGUAAAGCGCAUUAAUCGUUUCCGUGUCCUCUUGAUGGGCAGAGCAAAUGCAGGUAAAACAACUAUCUUGCAGAGGCUCUGUAACACAAAAGAUCAGCCGGAAGUUUUCGAUGGUGAAGGAAGGAAGGUUGAAGGUUCAGAGGGGCGUGGAUACCACAACAUCGAGUAUGAGCUGGUGUUCGAGAGUAACCCUGGUUUUGUGUUUCAUGACUCCUGUGGUUUCGAAGCUGGAAGCGAGGCACAGUUCGAGAAAAUGAAGGAAUUCGUAAUGGAUCGUGCCAAGACUCCCAAGCUAGAGGAGCGGGUACAUGCUAUCUGGUUUUGCAUCCCAUUGACUGACAACCACAGGAUGGUCACAACUGCUGAAAGGAGGUUUUUUGAUGGAUGUGACACAGGUGGUGUGCCUGUGAUUGUGUUGUUAACAAAGGCAGACACAUUGGAGCUUGAGGCUAUUAAGGAGCUUGAGGAGUGUGGAUUAGGGAUGGAUAAGGCAUGGAUUGCUGAGAUAGAAGGAAGGAAGUUGAAAGAGAAUAUUACUAAGGUUAGGGGGUGGUUGUAUGAUUUCCAGUUUCCACCCUGUGCCAUCUUGCCAUUGACAGGGAUGCAACAAGAACAUGCAGAUUGUACUGCCCUACUGAAGUGUACAGCAGAAGCCCUCAAUGAGGAAAACCUGCAAAUACUUCUUAUAUCAACACAGCAGUCCAACUUAGAACUGUGCAUUGAAUUUGCUGUAAUGAAGGCAUUGAAGGGAUGCAUAGAGCAGAGAUUAUACCAUUGGGAGCCAACAAGACUAGCAGCUGCUCUGGCAAUAUGGUUUCCAUAUCAAGUGAGCAAAGGCAUGGUGGGGUGGUGGAUGUAUGCUAACUGUGUUUUCUGAUAGCGA